AUUCGCGGCAUCAUUCCGCUGCACCAACAUACGCUUCUGCGCGCACGAUGACACGGGCGGCGGAUGCCCCGCAGCGAUGGGCUUACUCCAUCGAAAACAAUGCUUGGAUCGUUUGUGGCCAGUCAAACGGAAGCUAAUCAUGCUGAGCCUGACCUCGGAAGGGCGUGUCCAGCUAGGGAUCUCCUCCCAAGAGAAAACGCAUGGCAUCGGAGGUCUCUUACUGCUAUAAGUGCUACAGACCUGGUUAGGUUUCGAGCUCGCUCUAGGGUUGCGAACUUUCUUCUUCCACUUCUCUCACCUCUUCUCAUUGACCUCAAGUCUCGUCGCGACCAUGACUAUCCCCAUCUACAUCGCCGGCGUUGCUGUCUUGGGGUUCUUCCUGUAUAGGUUGCUCUAUGGAACUGAUACACCACAUAUCAAGGGACUGCCAGAAGUCCCUGGCCUGCCUCUUUUUGGAAGCUUGCACGAGCUUGGUACGAACCAUGCGAAAGUAGCGCAAGGAUGGGCGAAGAAGUAUGGCCCCGUCUUCCAAGUGAGGAUGGGAAACAGGAGGAUCGUAUUCGCGAACUCGUUCGAUUCCGUCCGCCAUCUCUGGAUCACAAACCAAUCCGCGAUGAUUUCUCGACCUAUGCUUCACACGUUCCACAAGGUGGUGUCUUCCUCCCAAGGCUUCACUAUCGGUACCUCGCCAUGGGAUGAGUCUUGCAAGAACCGUCGCAAGGCCGCUGCCACAGCACUUAACCGACCCGCCGUUCAGUCCUACAUGCCUCUCAUCGAUCUCGAAUCCACCGUCUCCAUCAAGGAACUACUAUACGACAGCAAGGGUGGAGAGAUCGAUCUAGAUCCGCGAGCAUACUGGCAACGAUAUGCCCUGAACACGAGUCUGACGCUCAACUAUGGAUACAGGAUAGACGGCAACAAGGACGCUCCUCUUCUGAAAGAGAUCGUGGAUGUCGAGCGUGGUGUAGGAAACUUCAGGUCGACGAGCAACAACUGGCAGGACUAUGUGCCACUUCUAAGACUCUUCCCUAGCCAAAGCAAUGAGGCGAUCAGCUUCCGAAAGAGGCGAGAUGUGUACAUGGACCGACUCAUAAACACACUGACAGAGAGGAUUGAGAAGGGUACGGACAAACCGUGCAUCACCGGCAAUAUCAUGAAGGACCCAGAAGCGAAGCUGAACAGAGCUGAGAUCAAAUCUAUCUGCCUGACCAUGGUAUCAGCCGGUCUCGACACCGUACCAGGCAACCUCAUCAUGGGCAUCGCAUACCUUGCAACUCCCCACGGCCAAAAGAUCCAGCAACGCGCAUACGAAGAGAUCAUGAAAGUGUACCCCAACAACGAUGCAUGGGAGAUGUGUAUCCACGAAGAGAAGAUCCCAUACAUCACCGCUCUUUACAAGGAGAUUUUGCGAUACUGGACUGUCAUCCCCAUCUGCCUCCCCAGGGUCUCGAUCAAGGACAUUGAAUGGAACGGCGUCAACAUCCCAGCGGGAACAACCUUCUACAUGAAUGCAUACGCCGCCGACUACGACGCAGAGCACUUCAAGAACCCAGAGAAAUUCGAUCCAGAGCGCUACCUCGACGUUCCAGAUGGUGCAGGAACACCACAUUACGGAUACGGCGCUGGCUCACGCAUGUGCGUUGGCUCGCAUCUUGCCAACCGCGAGCUAUAUACUGCUUUUGUGAGGUUGAUCUCGGCUUUCAAGUUUACGCCGCCGGUAGACCCGCGGGAUGAGCCGGUCAUGGACUGCCUCGAUGCGAAUGCUAUCCCGACUAGUUUGACACUUGAACCGAAGUACUUCAAAGUCGGGUUCAAGCCAAGGAACAGGAAACUGCUAGAUCAGUGGAUCAGGGAGAGCGAAGAGCGAACGAAGGAUUUGAUGUAGAUUUGUAUACAGCAUGGUCAUUGAUAUAUAGCAUGUACGUAGUCUAUAUAAGAGUACACCUCCAA